AUGAAGAGUCUCUCAUCAUUUCUUGCAAGUGUAUCUCUCUUGGCUUUAACAUUUUCAUUAGCCUUUGCUUCUGACCCAAGCCCCGUUCAAGACUUCUGUGUCGGCGUAAACACCCCAGCAGAUGGUGUGUUUGUGAACGGAAAGUUCUGCAAAGACCCAAAGCUCGCCACACCAGAAGACUUCUUUUUUACAGGGCUUGACAAGCCAAUACCCGUAACUGAUCCGGCCGGAUCAGCCGUGAAACUCGUUUAUGCUGAAAACCUUCCAGGGUUAAACACCCUCGGAUUAUCGUUUGCCCGUGCGGAUUUUGCAGUGAACGGAUAUUUCCCACCUCACAUCCAUCCACGAGCAACCGAGGUCUUGGUUGUUAUGGAAGGAACACUUUCGGUAGGUUUUGUCUCGUCCGACGAUAACGGAAAUCGUCUUUUCAACAAAACACUCAACAAGGGUGAUUUAAUUGUGCUCCCAAUGGGACUCAUCCAUUAUGCUGUCAACGUGGGAAAUGUUCCAGCAGUUGCAUUGGCUUCUUUGAACAGCCAAAACCCAGGUAUGAUCACUAUUGCUAACGCACUUGGGUCUAUCCCACCGAUAAACCCGAAUGUUCUUGCAACGGAACAGUGCCGUGCCUAG